AUGUCUCUAUCUUCCCAACUCUACGUCUAUGAUAUCAAGUCUGAUGGCGGCCAGCUGAAUCCUGCUUCCUUCGGGAUGAAGGGAGGGAUUCCAUUUGAGCACGUCAUUAAAUUCCUUACUUCACGACUUCCCCAGUCUUUGCCACUUCUCCGUAUACUACAGAUUGGCCCGAAAGAUGAAGGCGCCUUUCUCAUCACGACUUUGCUUCCUCAUUUAACGACGAGAGAGCCAGUGGAGGAGGACCCUGAAGAUAUUGAUCCCGCAUCAGUUUGGACUAUGGCUUAUGUCAAUCGAGCCAACCAUCCGGGGACCGAGAUGUGGAUAUUUUCGUCCUUUGAAAUGUGGCCCCUCCUUGAUGGUUACGAGAAUGUAUCACAAAAGGCCCACGUGAAUCCGUGGCAGCUAUCUCUACCUUUUUCAAGUGAGGUUUGUCGACACGCCAAGCAGCAACUGCUCGCGAUUUUCUCUUGCAUACCGAUAUCGCCGAGAGAAUCCGAAGUCUCGACCUUGAAGCAAGGAGAGCUUGAGCGAUUUGGUCCAUAUCUUUGCGUUGGGAACGUUCAUACCAGAGUCGCUUCACUCCUUGCCCAAACGCCGGUCAUUGCAAAGAAUAGCCCAGUGUACGGCAAGUACCUGUUUCGGACCGGAAGCGAUAACAUGGUAAAAGAGCUGGACUCAAGUACAUUAUCAGCAACUUUACCUCCUGGUUUCAAAUUCGAUGAAAUCGAUAAAUCUGAUUAUGCCAAGGUCAUGCAAGAAAACCGGACUAUUCGUGGCACAUCAACACUCGACAGGAUCAGAGGUGUCGGAAUUAGACGGGUUGAUUCAUCGUUCACAGAAGAACCUUCGAGGCUCGUGGCUUUCGCUUUCGCGGGAGAGGACGGAUCAAUUCGAACGUUGCACGUUGACGCAGAGUUUAGGCGGAUGGGCCUUGCCAAAGCAGUCGUGCAGCGGAUCAUCAGUUUGGGAUUAUGCGAUCCGCCAAGACAAGGGCCAUUUGCUGCCAGUGAGGACAUCCAACAACAUUACGAAGGCUCUUCUCCCCUGGGUUUUACUGGGGUUGUGGAGAGCAAUGAGGGCAGCAUCAAGACAUUCAAGGCGAUUGGAGCGUACUGGGCAUGGGACGUGUUCUGGCUAUGGAUAGAUCUUGAUGAAGCAAAGAAGUCGCACCAAUGCCUACUCGACGGUGGUACUGUGGCGGCGGGUUGCAGUCAACAGUAG